UGAGACUCUAAACACGAAUCGUCUGCCCGCAGAUGCUGUUGAGGUUAUUGAGACCUGCUGGAGAUUAUUUUAAAUCAAAGUGUAGGCUGCUGACAAGUGGGAGGUUUUUCGCCCACGAUUCGUACUUUUUAUUUGAUCCCUAGUUCUUUAUUCUUCAAGUGACAUGAUCGGACUAUGAAAAACAUGACUUUUCGACGCGUAAAAAAGCUGAAUUCGAGCGAGCCGGACAGCGGGGAGAUUUACUUUUCUUCCUCUAAAUCGGACAGCUUUGGGACCGUGAAUACAGGACCGUCAAACUCCGGGGAAGUUUACAAUUACAAGACCCUCGCUUACUCUGGAGGGACACUGCCGAGGAACUUUAAAAAGAAUGGUGGGCUGCAGAAAUGGAAGCCACUUGCGCAGACGCCAGAACCACAACGGAAAUCUGUGAUCUUGGAGAAGACGGAGGAAGAAGCAUUUGGCUUUGAAAUCCAGACGUACGGGCUGCAUCACCAGAACGAGAACUCCGUCGAGAUGUGCACCUUUGUUUGCAAAGUCCACGAAGACAGCCCGGCCCAACGUGCAGGCCUUAAAAUUGGAGACACCAUUGCCAGCGUGAACGACAGCUCGGUGGAAGGGAUUCGUCACAAAGAUAUCGUUCAACUUAUUAAAGCAUCGGGCAACAACAUUAGGUUGGAAACAGUUUAUAGCGACUCUAUAAGAAAAGCAGAAUUGGAAGCCAGACUGCAGUAUUUAAAGCAAACCCUUCAUGAGAAAUGGGAUGAGUACAGAUCACUAAUGGUGCAGGAACAGAGACUCGUACACGGCAUCGUCAUGAGCGACGUUGCAAUAUACGAGUCUCUGGAGUCAGCCGGAAUAUACGGCAGUCUGGGAACCCCGAGCCCGGCGACCCUGCGAGCGAUGUGCGGGACCGACAGCACGAGCAGCAGUAUCAGCCACCUCAGUGCCGCCACGGCGGAGGACGACUCGCUCUACCAGGUCUUCCAAGGGGACCGCUCCAGUAACGACGAGCUCGAUUCGAACCGAGAGAAGGGUCGUCCACGCCUCCUCCGGCCCGCCAGCGAGUUCUUCGCAUCCGCCAAAACGUCCCUGACCCGCAGCGCCAGCACUCGGAGCUAUUUAAAAGGACCGGGGUCGUCCUCUGUGCCUAAUGGGGAAAAACAGCAAUGCGGAGGGUACAACACACUUCAGCGCAAACCCAAACAGAAGAGCUUUAGGCGGAGAUUAUUAAAGUACAUUCCCGGUGUAAAUCGACCCAUGGAAGAGGAGGAGAGCAAGCUUUGAGAAACAAACUUAAGAGACUCGACCAAAGAAUAAACAUUUAACAGACGAAUGCGUCCAAAAACAAAACAUAAGAACUGAAGACCAAAGUUGGAGGCCAAGAUAUACCAAAAAAUACCAUCAGUUUGCGUUUUAUUAUUCCUGUUCAUCUUGAAAUCUCUGUAAUAUUUGCAGUAUUAUUUCAUUAGAAUUACAAAAUGCCUUGGUUUUAAAAAUGUUAUUUUCAGUAUUUCAAGUCCUCUUGCCUUGAAAUUUUUUUGUUAGUUCAGAGAAAUACAGUUUAAGUUAAACAUGCCAAAGGUUUUCAAGCCCUUGCCUUAGAGAUCUGAAUACAAAACAUUGACAAAUUUUUUUUUAUCAGAUAUUCAGUGACACACUUUGGAAAUAUUCAGGUUCGUCUGAAAUGCUGAAAGUAGAGUCGUCGGUGUAUUAAUGUUUGUUGCUGGAAUGUUGUUUGUAACAAAUAACAAGAUAACAAGGCCAACAAACUGUUUCGUACCAAAAAAAAAACACAAAACGGGGACCGUUGAAAUGUCUUAAUGACUCAGUUGUUAACUAACAACUUUAUUUCCUAAUGCUUAUUAGGCAAUAUUUGUAAAUAUGUUUUGUUAUGUUUAAGUUAUUUAUUUAAUUUGUUUUUUUUUUCUGAAGGUUUUGUUGUAAAAAAAUGAAGGAUUUUUUAUUUGAUCAUUUAUAUUUGUUAAAUUAGUAAAUGCAUAGGUCUUUGAAGGAUAUUUAAGAAGACCCUUUUAUUUGGCUUGUGAAUUUUUCUAUUUUUGAAAAUAUAGACUGAAAAUAAUAAAACAUUGUCCUUGUUGUUCAA